CCGGCUCCUUACGGGAAGGCAUGCGCAGGGUGUGUCCGCGCCAAAUGCAAGUGUUUUCAGCGAUAUGACACUUCUGAAUGCGAACGUUGUCAUCGCCUGGGGAAAACAUGUGAGCCGUCUGCAACUACACGCAAGCGCAAGGCCGAUGCGGUGGAGGCACAUGCGCAUGCCUGGCCGCAAGCUUCUCCACCGCCGCCUCCAGACCAGUCCAGGCUGGAGGAGAAACUUGAUGACCUGGUGUCUCUCCUGCGCUCCCAGGCAGCCGCGAGGACACCGAGGACAAGCCAGCCGCAGCCUCGGGCCCAAUACCAGCCAGACCUGGACAGGAUCUCUGCCGCCCCAGGCACCAGCUCCACAGACUCACCCAUCUCCUCCUCCUCCUCCUCCUCUGCAGCAGCAGCAGCAACAGCAUCAACAACAGCAACAACAGCAUGCGACCCAGACCUCGUCAUCGACAUGAACCCCAGCGUCAUUCACCUCCUCCGCCCUGCAGAAACCGCCACUUCAUCCUCGGCCUCGGCCUCCAUCAUCCUCAAGGACGUAGCCGCCCACAGCGUCCCGCUCGCCACCGCCGACGUGAACCUGGCCACCUUCCGCCAGGCCUUCGUGUCGACUUUCCCCAUGGUGCACAUACCGCACGGCGUGAGCGCCGCCGAGCUGUGGGCCCAGCGGCCCUUCCUGUGGCUUGUCAUCAUGGCGUUGACGACCAAGAAAGUCUCGCUGCAGUUUGCCAUGGAGGAGACCAUCUGGAAGGUCAUUUCUAAGAGGAUUGUGGCAGAGCAGCAUGCUUCGUUGGAUCUCUUGCUUGGGGUGGUUUGUUUUGCUUCCUGGUCUCACUACUUCAAACAGGACAAACCCUUCAUGACAAUGCUAUCUCAGGUGUCCGUCUCACUCGCGUUCGAGCUGGGUCUACAGAAAGAUGUGCCUGGGGCCGGAGCAAGACAGACUGGGGCUCGCCGCCCUACCCAGCUUCACUUUCAAGCCCCCUGCUCCUCGUCUUCCUCCCCUCAGAAGCCACACCAGGUACGAACGCUGGAAGAACGUCGUGCCAUUCUUGCCGUGUUCCACCUGACCUCCUCAACAUGGACGGCAUAUAGGAAAACAGAACCUCUUCGAUGGACACCAUACCUAGACGCCUGCCUGGCCGUCCUCUCCGAGGGACAAGAAACAAACAUGGACAUACUCCUGGCCAUGCAGAUCAAGUGUCAGAUCAUCACAAACUCGCUGACCUGUCUGGCCCGGAGCGAAGCCUUCCACCACCAGGACGAGCGCGCAGGCGUGCCCUCCACAGGUCUGAUAACAGCUAUGCUCGGACGGCUCAAUGACCUUCGACAAAGUCUACCGCCAGCAACACUAGCAGAGAGAACAGCAGAAUUCUACCUCUGCAGCACAGAGACCACGAUCCUAGAAUCUUUCUUGAGCCAGCCCCAUUCCCACCAGACCGACUACACCGGCACCACCCACUUCCGCCGCCUCCAAGACCUGCAGUCCAUCCUCGCCAGCGCCGAGCGCUGGCUGGCUCUUCUCCUCGAGAUGCCCUUGCCCUACUGGCCGGGCGUCACCGUCGACAUCUUCUCCCAGUUCCUGCACAGCCUGGUCGUGCUGCUCCGCCUCGCGACCCACGACGAGCCAGGCUGGGACCGUGACGAAGUCCACCGGCGGGCUGACGUGCUGGAUAUUCUCGAUCGG